AUGAAAUAAUCGAGAAGAAUUUUAGUUAUACGUGUAUUAUUUAAAUGCGUUUUAUUUAUUGAGUGGAAUAGAUCUUGAUUUUUCUAUACGAUCGGCAAAAGAAUAAUUUUUAAGAUGGCUGAUUCCAGUGAUUUGGAUCGCCAAAUAGAACAGUUAAAAAAAUGUGAAAUUAUUAAAGAAGUUGAAGUUAAAGCUCUUUGUGCAAAGGCACGAGAAAUUCUUAUUGAAGAAAGUAAUGUACAAAGAGUUGAUUCCCCAGUUACGGUGUGUGGAGACAUUCAUGGUCAGUUCUAUGAUUUGAAAGAAUUAUUUAAAGUUGGUGGAGAUGUACCAGAAACAAAUUAUUUGUUCAUGGGUGAUUUUGUUGAUAGAGGUUUUUAUAGCGUUGAAACAUUUCUUCUCCUUUUGGCGUUAAAAGUUCGUUACCCUGAUAGGAUUACAUUAAUAAGAGGGAAUCAUGAGUCUCGACAAAUUACACAGGUUUAUGGUUUUUAUGACGAAUGUUUACGUAAAUAUGGAACUAAUUCAGUUUGGCGAUGGUGUACUGAAAUAUUUGAUUAUUUAUCUCUCUCUGCUAUAAUUGAUGGAAAAAUAUUCUGUGUUCAUGGAGGACUAUCACCAAGUAUUCAAACACUCGAUCAGAUAAGAACUAUAGAUAGAAAACAAGAAGUUCCACAUGAUGGACCAAUGUGUGAUUUACUUUGGUCAGAUCCUGAGGAUACACAGGGUUGGGGAGUUUCACCACGUGGAGCUGGUUAUCUUUUUGGGAGUGAUGUUGUAGCACAGUUUAAUUCUGCUAAUGAUAUUGAUAUGAUAUGCAGAGCGCAUCAAUUAGUUAUGGAAGGAUAUAAGUGGCAUUUUAAUGAGACUGUUUUGACAGUUUGGUCAGCACCUAACUAUUGCUACAGAUGUGGAAACGUAGCUGCGAUACUAGAAUUAAAUGAACACCUUCAACGAGAUUUUACGAUAUUUGAAGCAGCACCACAGGAAAGUCGAGGAAUACCCAGUAAAAAGCCUCAGGCUGAUUACUUUUUAUAAAAAAGUUUUCAUUAAAACUGACUGUAUGAACCAAAACAUGUCCAAAUAUUUGUUAAAAAAAGACGAAAAUCACUUCAAAUGACUGCACGAUAUAUAUUUAGGACUGUAUGAGCAUGUCAAUGAAAGAGCGAAGUUUCAUGGCAAGAAUAUAAUAGA